AUGUUGCAGAACAUCCAAGUGCAGGUGGGACGCUCGUGCCUCGACCUGCCCACGGCGAAGCUGGCGCGGCUGCCGACCCUAGGGCACCUGCGCCACCACACGAGGCUGUUUUAUCCAGAGCUUCCGGAACACCCAGCGGUCUUUGUGCACGACGGUGAAGUCGUCGACGAUCGACGAUGGCAGCAGCUAACGACCUUCAACCCGACCACCACCCUCCGCCUCCAAGUUGCCCAGGGGCUCCCUUCGGAGGCGAGCAGCGCCGCCCCCUACGCCCCGCUGCCGAGCGCGCCAGCAGCUCCAGAUGAGGAGAUCCGGAGCGAGUACUUCGCGGUGCGGGGGCGGAGCGGCAACACCACGCUCUACCUCCAGAAGUCGGACUUCGACCGGCGCAUCGACGAGUUUGCCCGGGAGCGAAGCCUCUCCGAGGGCACGUGGCUGAUGUUUCCGCCCGCCUACCAGGAGGAGUACGAGCGGAAGUUUCGGGACGCCGGCGCGGAGGUGCGCGUGACCAGGCAGGCGAUGGCGCUCCUGCAAAAGUGGCACCAGGAGGUCGCCAUCGGCGGUGGUGUCCUGGUGGGCAGCUUAGCGGGCCUUGCUGCUGGCAGCUCCCUCCUGUCCCUGGAGUUGGGGGCGGAGGCCGCCGCGGAAGUCGCCGCCGACUCCGCAGAACUGCUUGGGGCCAGCACUGCCAGCAGCAGCUUGGCACCGAGCCUUGUUGCGGGCGCGGUGAUGUCAGUAGUGGCCGGCCUCGCUACAUGGAGUCUGCUGAAAAGCUGGCUGCCCGAGCUUGGUAAGGAGGACUACGCGGUGAUCAGUGUGCCCAAGGAGGACACGGGCAUGCUCGAGCUUGGGAUGAUCUCAGAGUCAGCGGCCUGCCCCAUUUGCCUGGACAGGCCCUCGGACGCCUUCGCGAAGCCGUGCAAGCACGCGGCCUGCCGAAAGUGUCUCGAGAAGCUGCGGCAGCAGCACUCUCCCGAAGCGCCGCCGUGCCCUCGAUGCCGUUGCCCUGUUGAGGACGUUGAUAUUUUCUACUUGUGA